AUGGGCUCGUCAGCUACGCAGGUGCGAUUCGGAAGGCGCUGCGGGCAGGCGAAGGAAGGCACGGCAGUAAAGAACCAUGAAGAUCAAGUUUGUUACCCAUCUCUAUCUAACAAAGUAGAUCUCCAGCAGAUCACUGUAAUUCCACAUGAUGAGUGGAAGAGGAUUCGAGACAGCCUUGAUAGUUUGACAAGAGAAGCAGCUCGCCUUCGUGCAGAAAGAAAAGCAAAAAAACAAUUGCAUAUUCGAUCGCAAGAAGUUGUAAGACAUUGGACUAAUACAUCUGCAGGAAUUAGAGAUCAGAAUCUUAAAGCCAAAAAGAAGCGUGCUGAAGAAUUAGAGGCAGAAGGAAAACUUCUUGAUUUGGAAGAUGAAAUUUACCAACAAGGCGAAAGGAAAAAAGCCAUUGAACUUGCAAAACAAUAUCAAUUUUACCAGACAGAAAGAGUGAAAAAACUUCAUUCAGGACUUCUUCUUAGUAGAGUUUUGAAAGAGCGGGAUGCACAGAUUGAAUUCAAAAAGAGCAACAUAAAAUCAGAUAAAAAAUGGGAGGAACAAUUGAAACUCAACAGUGAAAAAGCUUUUAAAGAAGAAAAAGAAAGAGAAGAAAAACGACGAAGAGAUAGCAUGGCUCUGGCCCUUGAUCAAUUAAAACAAAUUAGAGAACGUGAAGAGGAAGAAGAAGUAAGAAGAAAAUAUGAAGAAAAGGAAGCUGAGGAAAUAAAGCGGCAGCAUGUAUUAUAUGAAAUAGAAAUAGAGAAAAAUAAAGAAAAGAAAAAAGAAAAGAUCGCUGAGAACAGGAGACUGCUUUUUGAGCAUAUAAAUGAUAAAAAUAACAUUAAAGCUCUAGAACAACAGCAGAAGGAAGAUGAAGAAGAAAAGAUUAGAAGAUUUAUCAAAACAAAAAAAUAUCUUGCAAAAGUAGGGUUAGAAAAAGAAAUUGAAAAACAAAGGCUAGAAGAAGAACGAAGAGAAAGAAUAAAUAACUUCCUGAUUGCACGAAUGAGGGAAAGACUUGACAAUGAAGAUUUGAUUAUCGCCAGAGAUAUUGCAGAAGCUGAUGCUGAAUGGGAAAAAAGAGAACGAGAAAAACAGGAACUAAGAGAAGCAGAAUUAAAGGCAAUUGCAGAACAUAGGGAUAUUACAAUGAAAAAUAAAGAGGAACAAGAAAGACUAAGAAAAAUAGAGAAUAAAGAACAUCUGCUAGCCAUGAAGAAAGCAGAUCAGAUUUUCCAUGAGCAUGAAAAGGAGAAAAUACUCAAAGCUGCCAAAGAACGUAGAGAUAUUCAAGAGGCCCAUAUUCAGCACAUUGCCAAAAAUAGGUUGGAAUCAAAACUAGCAAAACAAGCAGAAAUAGAGUACUGGCAAGAUACUAAUGCUCUUAUGAACGAAAAGGAGAAAGAAUUUCAGAAUUAUGCCAGAGAAGUAAUUAAAUCUGAGGCUGAAUCAACAAAUAAAUAUAUUUACCCUCUUGUAAAAGCUGUACAAGAUGGAUCUGGAGGUGGCCAUGGACCAAUUCUUAUGGACAGAGCUGGACUAAGACCCAGCUACCAGGCAAAUGAUGCUACUGGAGUUCAACUCCCUUUUUAUAACUCUCAGGGCUCAAAAUAUAAUUUAAAAAAAUCCAAAGGAAGGCUAGGUUUUAUAUGGUAGAACAAGUUUAAAGAUUCAGAAGACCAAUUUGUAGCUAAUAUAUGAUCUACAAGUGUAAGAGAAUCAUAUGCUUACAAUUUGUUAAUAAAG